CCCUUGAUUGGGCGUAAACUGCUUGAUAUAAUACAUGUUAACUAUAUGCAAAGUUUAUUAUCAUUGUUAUAUUAUAAUCAGUGAUUGUGGUUUUAAUAAUUGUGCGAAAAAGUAUAUUUGUUGGCUGAACGCGAAAUACCAUAACGCAUAUUUAGUGCGAAAAAAAAUAUGCAAGGAUUUUUAAGAGAGUGAUAUGUCAACACGCAGCACAGCCACAUCUUUCCGCGCCCGCCGCGGCCACAAGGAGCGCUCCAAGAACUUCACGGAGCUGGAGAAGCGAACAGUCCUCGAGCUGAUAGCGCGCCACCGCGACGUGCUGCGUCAGGGGCGCUCCAACAACGCUACCAAUAGGAGCAAGCAGUUGGUGUGGUCUACGAUAUGCGAGGAGGUGAACAAGCGGUGCGGGGGCGAGCGGCCGCGCACCCCGGCGCAGGUCAAGAUGUGGUACGAGAACUACAAGAAGAAGUGCAAGAUGCGCGCGCAUGACACACAGCAAACCCAGUCGGAGCCCCCCGGCCUGCUAGACGGCAUGCUCUGGCAGAAUAUACACCCUCUAGAUGUUAAAGACGAGGACGGCGACCCAACGACGAGCGCGGACGGAGGCCACAGCGUGAAGGAUGACGACUGCGUACCGGUCAACGUGAGUCCACAAUACUAUAUGUCAAACGGCCGACUAUCAAGUACGAACGAAAGCGAAGAUACGAUGCCAAACGUCCUCGAGCCACAAGUACAAAUAAUUCCCCAAUCUUCCCCGACUCCCCCUCCCCACAAACCACUUCCCCUGACCCCGCUUCCCCUCCCCAUCCUCACCAAUCCCCUACAAGCGAUCGAACAGGCAAGAAUACAACAAAAUUUCCUACAGAAAUUGAACGAGCUAUCAAAUACGCCAUUAAAUUUAAGCAAUUUGGACGAUAUUAAGAGAAAAAAUGGACACGAUAGGCAGGAGAAAAUCGAUGAUCAGAUCAAGCAUGAUUGCGGAACUGCUACCGAGGAAGAAAGGUUGUAUUUCACGGCUAAAAGACAACAUGCUAUUUGGGAGCACGAAGCUAAAAUGAAAAUAUUAAAUAUGGAGCUGCGACAGAAAGAAGAAAUAUUUUCGCUGCAGAAACAACUGUUUCUGAUCGAGCUACGGUUGAAGAUGGAUUUCUUGGAAAAGGCUAGCGCUAAGUGAUGGGAUAGCGCCGCAUAAGGAAAUGACGUCAUCAAACCGUUUGUUUUACCCAAAACCAACGAGCAAAGAAAUCAAGCCGCACAGCCGAGUGUAAUCUAGUUUAAAAAAGUGCCAUCUAUCGUGUAGUUACCGAACUAAUUCCUCUUUGGUUGAGUUCUCGUAGUCAAACUACGGAACGCUACAGAAAAAAGAUAACUUUUGUUAUUUUUUUAAACGUUUUUUUUUUUGCAAUAAUACUUAAAAUGGGUGAAAUAAAUUUUUGUCGAGGACGGAAAUUUAUUUGCCCUAGUUUAAUUGUCAUAGCUGUGACAUUUGAGGCCACGGGCUAGAGUUAGGCUAUAUAAAUACAACGAUAAAAAGCAAUAUUAUGAUAGAAGCCGCCUUAAAUAUUAUUUAAUGAAGUGCCCUUGUAGCCUUAUAUGAAAUUACUUAUGAAAACCUAAGACCAAAAUAGCCAGUUUUAGUCAAAAAUGGCUAAGGCUUUUUCUAAGGCUAAAUAGGCCUGACUCUAAGCCGUGGCCUCAAAAGGCCUGUCAUUGUGAUUAUGAAGUUAUUUUUGUAUACAUUUUGUCUAUAUAUAGCUUAUUUUUUAUGUUUUUUUUUUCGUUAAGAAGUGCUUAAGUUGGACAACACAGCUGCGAAGUUUUAUAGUAUUAUCUAUGGCAGCUCUAUUAAAGUAAAUUGUCUCAAAUAUUGAAUUUAACACAGAACAAAAUAACAUUACUAAGACUAUAGAACAAUCUAGAACAAAUAUUUUUAUUAAUACCUAGUUGAUGAUAGAAUCUAUUUGGAAAUGUAUUCCUAAAAAUUCAAUAUUUGACACAGAUUAUAUCAAAAAUAUUAAAACAAAAUACUGCCAUAUAGGUAUUGCAAUAUAUUCGUAAAAAUUAGUACUUAGAGGGCCGAAGGAAAUUUUUGUCGCCUAACUGUAUUCACUACAUACUUAAUUAUUUAAGCAUAAAAUACAUAACAUUUGUAUUUUAACGGGCACGUUAAACUGUAGGUCCCGGCUGUCAUUGAACAUCUUUGGCAGUCGUUACGGGUAGACAGAAGCCAGUAAGUCUGACACCAGUCUAACCAAGGAGUAUUGGGUUGCCCGGGUAACUGGGUUGAAGAGGUCAAAUAGACAGUCGCUCCUUGUAAAACACUGGUACUCAGCUGCAUGCGGUUAGAUUGGAAGCCGACCCCAACACAGUUGGGAAAAGGCUGGACAGAAAAAUCUUUUCGCGGGCUUUUGUGACAGUUAUAGUGACGUGCAAGUCAUGUCAUAAAAACUAUUUUAAUCGAUAUUUUUAUUCUAUUUUCAAAUUAUUAUGCUUUAAUUAAAUAUGUAGUUUAUACAGUUGUGGUUCGAGGACGUUUCAAGCGUCGGCGUCGUAUCAAUAAAAGAUGGCCGUUUUGCUUAUAGACUUUAUUUUUAAGUCAGUGUUGCAUAUAUAUUAUGUAUUGUUUUUAUAAUUGGACUAAUUAAUGGUAAUUUACAAACUUAUUUGCGUAUUAAUGUGUAAGUCAAGGCACUUUUUAGUGAUUGUUAGUUUUCUUGCCUCCUGCUCAAUUUUUUUAAAUAAAGUUUAUAAGCAAAACGAAGGUAAACAACCUAGUCUUAAAAAUUGUAUUCUUUUGUAUGGAUCAGUUAUUGUGCAAAAGGGGUAGUUUUUUCAGUAUUUAUAGUGAACCAUAUAAUCUAUAUAGAUUUUCAAAUUUUUUUAUAGAUAUUUAUGUUUUUUUUUAAUACACAGAUUUUGGCCUUGUUUCUUCUGUUAUCCGUAAUAAAGUUAGUAUUAAAGUAUCCGUAUUUUUCAGCUACCUCUCUGUAUUUACCGCAUCGUAGUUGGUCAAGUAAUAAGUAUGUGAUAUUAAAAGGAUAUUGGUUUGAUAAUAAGAGGAAGCUUUAGCCUUUAUAUCUAUAGAUAUAAAUUCCCUAAACGCUUUAGAAAGACCAUUUCCGAUGCGGUCGUGACCGUUCCAUACAAUUAUUAUUUCGAGUCAAUGACGUGCCAAUAAUCGAAAACCAUUGUUAAUAAUAAAUAAUAAUAAUAGUUAUUACAUAUAUAAGAUAUUGUUAUAAUAGAUUUUUAGAUACGUAAAGAAAGUUAGACAAAACAAUUAUUGGACAGUAUGAUGAUAUUAUUAAUAUUAAUAAUUUAGACAGGAAAUAAUAAUACAGUACAAAGACUUGGAAUAGAAGUCGUUACCUCAGUGCAGUGUAUUGUAAAUAAAUAAAUAAACUAGGUUUAGAUGUAAAAAUAAAGUUUUAGAAAUUUUUUAUACGAGGGCGACUUACACCUUCAAAUUUUCAUAGAUUCGCGUUGAAGCAAUUUAAGUUGCCAGAUUACAAAAUUAUUAAUGAAACCCACUGUCUGGCAAUACUAAAUUAAAUGUGUAAAUAUAAUUAUUAUUUUAUUAUUAAUUCGAACCUUGUCCGAUGUGGCAAAUUAUGGUGUAAGCACCUCAAAACAUGGCAAUACUUUUUAAAAUAUUUUAAAAUGGCAAUGUAACAUUGUGAUGUAUUUUACGAUCUCAAUACAGAUAAAAAAUGAUAUUUUUUUUACUUCCAACAAAAUUCUGUGUGAAAUUUUAGAGAACAAAACUUGCAAAUGUAUAAAAUACACUUUUUUUUUAAUUACUCAAAGCGACUACGUUAAUCUGAUAAAAUUGGAUAUUAUUAAAAUAAAGAAUUUAUUUUCUGUU